AAUCUGGCCAUUUACCUUGCACAGAGAUGGAGGUCAUUGAAUCACUGGGGAUUAUUAUAUAUAAAGCCCUGGACUAUGGUUUGAAGGACAAUGAAGAGCGGGAAUUAAGCCCUCCCCUGGAGCAUCUUAUUGAUCACAUGACUAACACCACGGAAACGGAUGGGAGUAAAGAUGAGGGAUAUGAUGCUCUGGAUGAAGGAGUGGAGGAUGACGAUGACGAUGAUGAAAAAGAGGAAGUUCAGGCCAUUCGUUCCUAUAAAGAUGUCAUGAAGCUGUGCGCUGCCCAUCUGCCCACCCGAUCGGAGGCCCCAAACCACUAUCAAGCAGUCUGUCGGGCUCUGUUCGCUGAAACAAUGGAACUGUACACUUUCUUGGCCAAAAUUAAAAGUGCAAAAGAGAAUCUGAAGAAGAUUCAAGAAAUGGACAAAGAAGCAAGUGAUGAGUCCAGCACAGACCUUGAUGACUUAAAAAAUGCUGACUGGGCUCGUUUUUGGGUACAAGUGAUGCGAGAUUUACGGAAUGGCGUCAAACUUAAGAAAGUUCAAGAGCGUCAGUACAACCCCCUCCCAAUAGAGUAUCAGCUCACUCCCUACGAAAUGCUGAUGGAUGACAUUAGAUCCAAACGCUAUACCUUAAGGAAGGUUAUGGUCAAUGGUGACAUUCCACCUCGAUUAAAAAAGAGCGCACAUGAAAUAAUCCUGGAUUUCAUCCGAUCACGACCUCCCUUAAAUCCUGCCUCUGCAAGAAAAUUAAAACCAACGCCACCACGGCCACGCAGCCUCCAUGAGAGGAUCCUGGAGGAAAUCAAGGCAGAGAGGAAGUUGCGCCCUGUCUCACCUGACGAGAUAAGGCGUAGCAGGCUGGCAAUGCGGCCACUUAGCAUGUCUUACAGUUUUGACUUGUCAGAUGUAUCUACGCCGGAGGCUGGGAGAAAGCUCGAUGACUCCGCAGUGAAUGGCAGCUUGGCAGCACAAGGAAAGCAGAAUGGUGCCAUGCAAGUGACAGUGCAACGAAAGAGACUCCUUAAGGCUCCCACGUUGGCUGAACUUGACAGCUCGGACUCAGAGGAGGAGUCAGUGCACAAAUCAGCAAGCAGCAGCAGCAUUUCCCCCUCCCAGAUGGAAGACCCCUUUCAGGAAGGCACCAGCAGCAGAAAGAUGCCUCCAAAGUUUCUGCCAAUAUCAUCUACGCCGCAGCCGGAGAGACGGCAGCCACCUCAGAGACGACACUCCAUUGAAAAGGAAACACCAACCAAUGUGAGACAGUUCCUACCACCUUCAAAGCAGAGCUCCAGAUCACUCGAGGAGUUCUGCUACCCCGUGGAGUGUCUCGCUCUGACGGUGGAGGAGGUCAUGCACAUCCGCCAGGUGCUGGUGAAGGCAGAGCUCGAGAAGUACCAGCAGUACAAAGACGUCUACACGGCUCUCAAGAAGGGCAAGCUCUGCUUUUGCUGUCGAACAAGAAGGUUUUCCUUCUUUACCUGGUCUUACACUUGUCAGUUCUGUAAGAGGCCUGUAUGCUCACAGUGUUGCAAAAAAAUGCGACUGCCAUCAAAGCCAUAUUCCACCCUCCCCAUCUUCUCACUGGGACCAUCAACCUUGCAGAGAGGAGAGAGCUUCAUGAGGCCGGAGAAACCCUCCACCAGUCACCACCGGUCCCUGCGGAGCAUGCCCAGGUUGGCCUCAAGGUCCAAAUCUGUGGAUAGGUCACAUGAAGAGCUACAGUUUCCCAAAGAAUUGAUGGAGGACUGGAGCACAAUGGAGGUGUGUGUGGACUGCAAGAAGUUUAUUUCAGAAAUCAUCAAUUCGAGCCGGCGCAGCCUCUCGCUGGCCAACAGGCGCGCCAGGUUAAAAAGGAAGACACAGUCUUUCUACAUGUCCUCGCCGGGGACCUCCGAGUACUGCCCGUCUGAACGAACUAUCAAUGAGAUCUGAGCCUUGUGCCUUUUGGUUUGCUUUUGGCUUCACGAGGUCAUUAUCCAUGAGCAAGGUCCCUGAGACUGGAUCACCAUUCCGUUGCUUCCUUCCACCUAACAGGCUUGAAUUCGCAUUAGCUCGGUCCUGCGGAUUUCCUGCUCCG